AUGAAAUGGACACGUACAAGUAAUGGAACUCAUGGUAUCAUUCGUCUUGCCAUUGAUUUUACUGAUGGAAAACCAAAACCGACAGCUGUUACUGCUUAUCAAGCUCGUACUAGUGAUACUUUAAGACGUGAUUUUCGUCUAUCUAAACUUGAUCGAACUAAUGGCAGAGUUGUUCGUAAUCCUGUUACUUGGGCAAAUACAGGUGUUCAAUUUGAAGUAGGACAAAUAGGUUCAACUGCUUCGUAUUCCGUAACAAUACCUAUCCCGAUAGACGACUAUUGGAUCGCAACUUUUCUUCAGGCUACAUUUCCUGGAAGUCAAGGCAUAAGAAUGGUUUUGACGACAGAAACCCUUAUUUUACCAAAUACGUAUCCGACACCAGAAUGUCAUGAUCAAGAAUGUUAUGGUCAACUUGUUUAG